GUUUGACAGAUUAUUUGAAACUGUAAUCUGGUUCAUCUUAUUAUUGGCAAUCACCAACUUAUAAAUACAUAGCUUAUUAAACAUAUGUCAUUUUGGAGGCCUGGAACAGUUGCUCCUGGAAGUUCAGUUGUAUCCGCACUACGAAAUACACAUGAUGAGCAAGAUGUGCCCUUGUAUAAUCCCAACGAGAUGCUAUCACUUUCAGAUCAGCGAAAAAGAUUGCCAGCAUUCAAAUCUAGAGAUCAAUUUUUGUAUUGUGUAGAAAGAUUUCAAGUUGUCAUUGUUGUGGGGCAGACUGGAUCUGGAAAAACAACCCAACUUCCACAGUAUUUGGCCGAGGUUGGAUGGUGUGAUGGUGGUAAAAUGGUUGGUUGCACUCAGCCAAGACGAGUCGCUGUAACAAGUAUUGCGGCCCGUGUUGCUGAAGAAAUGGGUGUAACUGUUGGAGAAUCGGUUGGAUAUACUGUGCGAUUUGAUAACCAAAGUGAUGAUCGGUUGACAAAGAUAAAAUAUCUGACUGAUGGAAUGCUUUUUCGAGAAAUUCUGCAAGAUCCACUCUUGUCAAAGUACUCUGCAAUUAUGAUUGACGAGGCACAUGAGCGAUCGCUAUACACAGACAUACUGAUUGGUGUUUUAAAAAAAAUUUUUAAAAAACGACCAGAACUUCGAAUAAUUAUUUCGUCUGCUACUCUUGAUGCAGAAUCUUUUCAUGAAUUUUAUAAUACAAAUGCUACUUCUGACAAGGAAAAGGAUACGUCAGUUAUUAUGUCGCUGGAUGGUCGAAUGUAUCCUGAUAUCACCUCACUCACAACUUAUGAUACUUUGAAUUUAUGUAUUGUUGUUUACUGUGCUUUCCAGGAAAAAUCUGGAGAUAUCCUCAUAUUUCUUACAGGUCGCGACGAGGUUGAAAAGGUUGUUGCUGAACUUGCUGAGCAAUCAUCUGGUUCUCAUACUGUUUCACUCGGUAGUUCUCAAACUCCUAUUUUAGCAUUACCAUUAUAUGGUGGCUUGACUCCAGAUGAACAACGACUGGUGUUUUCCACAGCACCAACGGGCACUCGUAAAGUUGUAGUUUCUACCAAUAUUGCUGAAGCCUCUAUAACAAUUGAUGGCAUUGUUUACGUAAUUGAUGCCGGCUUUGUAAAGAUUCGAUCGUAUAAUUCUGUAUCAGAAACAGAUACUCUAAUGAUUGUUCCUACGUCACAAGCAUCUGCUCAACAACGUGCUGGUCGCGCUGGUAGAACUCGUCCUGGAAAAGUAUUUAGGCUAUAUUGUGAAGAUGCAUUUUCUACUCUUCCACCAACAAGUACACCUGAAAUUCAAAGAUCAAAUCUAUCACCACUUAUACUGCAACUAAAGGCUAUUGGCAUCGAUAAUGUUUUAAACUUUGACUUUCUUUCUCCACCACCGGCUCAGAUGCUGUCUCGAGCGCUAGAGUUGUUGUACUCACUCAAGGCACUUGAUGACUAUGGCCGACUGUCUAUGCCAUUGGGAUCUAUGCUAGCUGAAAUUCCACUUGACCCCAUGCUAGCAGUAACGAUAUUGAAUGGACAUCAAUUUGAAUGCACAGAAGAGAUUUUGACUGUGGCGGCUAUUCUUUCUGUCGAGCCCAUCUUUUUAGUACCAAAUGGACGAUUUCGUGAAGCGGAAGAUGCAAGACGUAAAUUUGCUGUCGAAGAAGGCGAUCAUAUUACAUAUAUCAAUGUAUACGAAGCAUUUUUGCGUGCCAAAAAAAGCUCAAAAUGGUGCUAUUCUAAUUUUCUUAAUGCAAAUGCGCUUAAUCGAGCAGUGUCAGUACGACAACAACUACGGCAAUAUCUACGUAGAUAUGGUAUAUCAGACUUUAUAUCUUGUGGCGCCAAUACAGUUGCAAUUCGUAAAUGCAUCAUCAGUGGCUAUUUCAGUCAUGCUGCUAAAUUGAAACCCGAUGGCAGCUACUCGACUCUUCGCGAUAGCAAAGUUUUAUAUAUUCAUCCAAACUCAACUUUAUUUAAGCGAUCACCAGAAUGGGUUGUAUUUCAUGAAGUUGUGGAAACCACCAAACCAUAUAUGCGCGAUGUCAUGGUCGUGCAGCCAGAAUGGCUUCCAGAGUUGGCGUAA